AUGAACACCAUCUUCAGAGGAAAUAUCACUUUCGUUUGGUUUCUUCAUUCAAAACUUUUAUUGCUGGCCUGUGCUUUGGUCGCCUACGUGACUGCGGAUGUCAGCCACUUGAGCAACGAAUACCUUCCACCAAAUUAUGGUGCCUCUUCCCCUAGCUACAGCGUAGCUGCAUCCGCUCCAGCUCCAUCAUACAGCGCUCCGGCUCCAAGUUACAGCGUUGCAGCUUCUGCACCAGCUCCAUCUGUUUCAUAUGCUGAACCAGAAUAUGCAGCUUCUGAACCAGCACCUGCUCAUAGCUUCUCAUCUUCGGAUGGCUACCGAUACAAAACUCAAAGACGCGUUGUAUACCGCCAUCGCAGACGCCGUGAUGCACUUUCAAGUGAAUACCUUCCCCCAGCAGCUUCAUCUCCUUCUGUAGAAUACUUACCACCGGCAGCAUCGGCUCCAGCUCCAUCUUAUUCCGUAUCACCGUCCGUCUCCUAUGCGCCAGCUCCAUCUUAUCAAUCCGAAUCAUACGCUCCAGCCGCUUCUUCCUAUUCGGCGUCAUUCGCCGAGCCAUCCUACGCUGAAUCUGCCCCGGCUCACAGCUUCUCUUCUGAUGAUGGUUAUCGCUAUAAAACUGCUCGUCGCCGUGUUUACCGUCGUCGCCGAUACUAAUCUGUAUAAGAGAAUCAGAUCGACUAGAGAAUUUAAAAUGAAAUUUAUUCACCAUCUGUGGUCUGAAAGGGAAAACAUAUAAAGAACAUCAAAAUAAAGAAUAAAAUCUUUUUUAAAGAGAAAA